ACCAUUCUUGAUUUCCCAAUGUUUUUAGAUGAUGAUCGAUCACCAGAAGAGGUUGCAAGUGCAUUGGAGGCUGGAGCUGAACCUCUUCCAGAAGAUGCAGUUGUGUACGCAUACGAGGUUGAAACUACUGGAGAAGUUCGCGUGGUCGUUAAAUUUACCUCUGUCACGGGGGUCGAUUAUCCAUCAAACCCAUCUGACAACAAACAGCUGUUUACCGUUGAGGACCUGACAAGCGAUGAUGACAUUCCAAGUGGUGACAUUCCAGUGAUCAUUUUGGUUGAAGAAAGUGACACUGUGUUGGCUAAAGUAUGCACAGGUGGGUUAUCGUUGUUGUGCUUGGUAGCAUGGUGUUGAUGAAAUGUACGGCAAGUUAUUCUGUGU